AUGGCACCAUGCCCCAUCGUUGCUAAUGCAGAGUGGCCAUCGGGAAUGACGAUGACGUCUUGCAGGAAGAGAAGGAUUUGCGGAGACGGUGUAUCUGAUGUGCUGGCUAAUCAGCAGCUCCAACACACCGGCGCAUCUGGGCGCAUGGAGAAAUCUACCAGAAGAUUCAGCGAAGAGGACCUUGGCCCCAACAGUGGUCGUUCCUUCUGGACCGACUUCGAUUGUCCCGUCGGCACGAUUAGGGUAAAUCCAAUCCCCCGGCAAGAAUCAGGUGGACCCACUGGCCGCCUUUUGAUCGCGGUACCCAACGGUGAGGCCGUAUGGCUAGCUGUAGGAUGCAUGCACCUCGCACUGUGGGCUGAGCUUGAUCAUUGGGCAGCGAGGGCAACGUCACGGACGAUUGGUGGGAUGCCUAUGUGUGAUGCUGCUGGAAGGCGCUGCGGAAGAGGCUUUGUCGCAGCCGGGGUCCAUCAUCCACGGAAAGUACGCCAUGGUGCCACCGUGCCCGAUUCCAUCGAGCUUCUUGUGAAAGAGCAAAAUGACAAGCGGGUAGACACGGAUGCCAUGCAACAACAGAGACACAGCGUGGACGGAGAAGAAGGAGGGAUUGAGACACUAGCUGUCUACCUCGGGCGGCGGGAGAGUCACGGGCCCGCACCCCUUAUGCCAGAUCCGGCAAGGCGGGAAGAAAGCAGGCCAAUGAGAAGACCGAUAGGCCCCCAAGAAUCUGAGUUACCCAAAACAGCAAAAGCAGGUGGAUUUGGGGUGGAUCCCGGCUUUGUCCCAAGACGGCAUGACGAGAGAUUCAUUGCUGGCCUGUCGGGGGGGUGUGACUGCUUAUGCCUGAUUGGGUCAAUUGGGGUGGUGACAAGCGACAGAAAGAAAAGAGGCAACAAUGAUCCAGGGUUCAGUACACCGCGACCCAAGACAACCAUUUGCCCAUUCGACCGCAUGAUGCAUCAAUCUGUCUCUGUCUCUGUCUCUUUGCCUUCUGCUGCUACGGCGGCCAGAGCCCUCCAAAUCCAUCCAAACCCAUGCCCAUACCAUCGGGGAUUCGCACUCUUACUGCCUCCGUGCAAAAGACGACGGAGUGGGGCAGCGAUCUAUCGGCUAGCUUGGGACGACUUUGGAAUUAUUGUUGGAAAACUGCUUGGUGGUGGAGGGAAAAAGUGGGUUGUGGAAUUGAAGGUGGUCGAUGAGCGGGUUUUGGAACCUUCUGCCGGAAAAGAGGCCAACAGUGACCUCUUUCCUUCUUCUCUCUCUCUCCUCAAAAAGCAUGGGGAGUCGAGUCGAGUCGUUUGA